UCUCACCCUGGUGACGCGACAUCUGCCAGCAGGGAAACAGAGAAAAAAGAAAAGGAGGAACAAGCCGCACACUCAGCAUCCUUGGCUUGCUGGAACAAAAGGCACUUUAAAAAUUGUUCCGUCUGUCUACAUAAACAGUAUAGGAGAUUUUACAAUCUGGAGUGGAUGAUGGUCAGGGAUCUAUUAGCUCAAGUUAUACACAACUUUCUCUAUCGAUUUUUGGGGGGCCGUGGUUCUAGUCACUCAAAGCAAUGAGUGCCCAGCCAUGCAACCAGAGGAGCUCUUUUAGAAAACUACGAUCCGGAUCGUGGGGCUGACUCUAUGUAAGGACCUGCUGCCAGUUUUUGGAUGGCUGAUAACAGAUGGGAAGAUGCCUGUUAUGAAAGGAUUGCUUGCACCUCAGAAUACUUUUCUGGAUACAAUCGCCACCAGAUUCGAUGGAACACACAGCAAUUUUGUGCUGGGGAAUGCUCAGGUACUGAAUCUCUAUCCAAUCGUGUACUGCUCUGAUGGCUUCUGUGACCUCACAGGAUAUUCACGAACUGAGGUCAUGCAGAAGAGUUGUGCGUGCAAGUUCCUCUAUGGCUCUGAAACAAGUGAGCAACUGAAAGUACAGAUCCAGAAAGCUUUGGAUGAUAAGCGAGAGUUCAAGACAGAAAUUUUAUUAUACAAGAAAAGUGGUGGAUCCUUCUGGUGCUUACUUGAUAUUGUUCCAAUUAAAAAUGAGAAAGGAGAAGUUGUACUUUUUCUGGCCUCACACAAAGAUAUCACAGACACAAAAAACAAACUGUCUCCGGAUACCACAAAAGACAAAGAUGAUCUGGAGGUUUUCACAGACACCAGACCUCCUGGUUUCAACGCUAAUAGGAGAAGAAGUCGUGCUGUCCUCUAUCACCUGUCUGGACAUCUACAGAAACAGGACAAGAGCAAACUUAAAAUUAACAAUAAUGUGUUUGGAGAGAAACCAACAAUUCCAGAGUACAAAGUUGCUGCUAUUCAGAAAUCAAGAUUUAUUUUACUACAUUAUGGCACUUUCAAAGCAGGCUGGGAUUGGCUCAUUCUGUUGGCUACGUUCUAUGUUGCUGUCACUGUCCCCUAUAAUGUCUGUUUCAGUGUAAGCAGAGAUGACACAGCACAGUCUGGAUCAAGGAGUCCGCCAAGUGUCAACGACAUUUUUGUGGAGAUUCUCUUCAUGCUGGAUAUCCUGCUAAAUUUUCGCACAACAUAUGUCAGUAAAUCCGGACAAGUUGUUUAUGACCCUCGUUCAAUCUGUGUGCACUAUGCAACAACCUGGUUCUUUGUCGAUCUCAUAGCUGCCCUGCCAUUUGACCUUCUCUAUGCAUUCAGUAUUAAUGUGUACUUUGGUGUUCAUCUGCUGAAGACUGUGCGUUUGCUACGCCUGUUGAGGUUAUUGCAGAAACUGGAUCGCUACUCGCAGUACAGCGCUGUUGUUCUUACACUGCUCAUGUCCAUGUUUGCUCUACUGGCUCACUGGAUGGCCUGUGUCUGGUUUUUCAUUGGACAGAAGGAGAUUGAUGCCAAUGAUAUUUCUACAUGGGAUAUUGGUUGGCUGCAUGAGCUGGGAAAACGUCUUGGAAGUCCUUAUUUCACUGUUAUUGCUGCAAGCACAGCCACAUCUGGUAACAGCACAGUGUCUGCAUCGACGGAUAAUACCACCACUAACAGCACAGUAAACAGCACCACCCUGGAGCUGGAAGGUGGCCCUGCCAUCAGGAGCUCAUACAUCACUUCUCUGUACUUUGCACUAAGCAGUCUGACCAGUGUGGGCUUUGGCAAUGUUUCUGCGAACACAGAUGCAGAGAAGAUAUUUUCCAUCUGCACUAUGUUAAUUGGUGCCCUUAUGCAUGCUGUGGUGUUUGGUAAUGUAACUGCUAUAAUCCAGAGGAUGUACUCCCGACGCUCCCUUUACCACACCCGCACAAAAGAUCUCAAGGACUUUAUUCGAGUCCACCGUAUCCCCAAGCAGCUUAAGCAGAGGAUGCUUGAAUGUUUCCAGACAACCUGGUCUGUACAUAAUGGUAUUGAUGCUAAUGAGUUACUCAAGGAUUUUCCAGAUGAAUUAAGAGCAGACAUUGCUAUGCAUCUGAAUAAGGAAAUUCUACAGUUGCCAAUAUUCGAAUCAGCAAGUCGUGGGUGCCUUCGAUCCCUUUCCCUCAACAUCAAAACCUCUUUUUGUGCACCAGGCGAGUAUUUAAUACGCCAGGGUGAUGCGCUCCAAGCCAUUUACUUUGUCUGCUCAGGUUCUAUGGAGGUCCUGAAAGAUAACACUGUGUUGGCCAUCUUAGGAAAGGGAGAUUUGAUUGGCUCAGAUCAUCUAAAUAAGGACCAAGUAAUCAAAACUAAUGCUAAUGUGAAGGCUUUGACCUACUGUGAUCUGCAGUAUAUUCAGCUGAAAGGACUAAGGGAGGUAUUAGAACUCUAUCCUGAAUAUUCCCAGAAAUUCAUUUCAGAAAUCCAGCAUGAUCUCACCUACAACCUACGGCAAGGAAGUGAAACAGAUUCAGAAACUGAAAGUAAUGGUGGUCUGAUCCACAAGUUACCUUCCAUUAUUGAAGACGAAGAGGAUGAGCAGGACGAGAACACGCCUCUUUCUCCAAAUUCAAGGUGUGGAUUAGCAUCGCCUCUGUUAACUCCAAAACCUUUUGGUUCACCUCUGCUGUCUCCCCUGAGCCCAAGAGCCUUCAAACCUUCUACACCAAGAGCAGGAAAUGAUGAAAGCAGAGUAAUGGUACCUCCAGGCAAAAUGUGUAAGCCAUCCAAAAUUCAGAUUCCUGCCCUCAGUAUUUCCGCACCCCCUGUCUUAAGUCCAAGGUUUGUAGAUGGAAUUGAAACAGAUCAUUAUUUGCCAUCUGGACAAAGAUUUGAAUUCAACUUGAAACCAUUAACUCCAGACUGUACAUCUCCAUCACUGUCAGUCACAGCAGACAAUGAAGAAACCAGGAAAAGCAUUUCAAAACUGAACCAAGAAAUGACCAGCCUUUCACAGCAAGUCACUCAGUUGAGCAAAGACCUUCAAGAACUGAUGCAGAUGAUAAAACCUGUCUUGGUAAAGCAGAGUUAUUGCACACCUUCUCAUGUCAAUCUGUUGACACCAACCUUCACAGCAACGUAUAGCUCUGGAAAUAGCUUUAGCAGUGGUCUGCAACAUCAAACCUGCAACAGAGGAGAAGCAUUUCCAAAUCAUCUAAAUCCUGACUAUGGACAGCCUAGUGUGUGGCAAAAAAGAAAUUCAUACCAUCUCAGACCUUCAGAUGGACUGCCAGAAAAUGCUGCAAAGAAAAUUAUCUAUCCUUCAUUGUCUUUGGACUCUUUCUUAAGACAUUCAACUCCUCAACCUCAUCAGCAUCAUUCAGGCUUCAGGGGCUGUGGCUCUCAAAUCAUUGGCCAUUCUUUAUCACCUGACCAUAACUAUAUAUAUCAGCCCCAGCCUGUUCAUACAGACCCAGUGCCUCUCUGCCCUUCUCCUCCGGUAGCACCAGAGGACAUGUGUAACACUGGACAGCUAGAGAAAACUGAUGUCAGUUGUAAUACAGCCAUAGGGCAGUCAGCUUGCCAGACUUCUGUGGUUGACUGUCUCAGAAAUAAGGUAGCAGAACUUGUUAACCCAAUAAGAGAAUCAAAUGAUCUUAAAGAAGUGUAUUCAUUGGAAAUGCUGAAGUCCUCAUCUGGGGAGUCACCAAGUGAUUCCAUUAGCUAUAUUGAUGACGACAGUACAAAUAUCUGAAAAUCUAAACAACUGUUGCCUUCAAUACAUGGCCAUAUUGCUACUCUGUCUCUUCUGGAUUUUUAAAACUAAAGAAGGAUUAUUUAUUUUAAUCCUACUUCAAUGAACAUUUUUAAGAGCUUUCUUUUUAGGAUAUUAUUUAUUUAUCAAGUGAAAAAAAUGCAAGAAAACCUGGCAAUGAAUGUGUAGCUACCAACACUAUGCUUUUACCAAUGGUGGAUUAAAAGAGUUGCAGGUUCAAACGAACUCAGAAGAGAACAAAAUACUGAGUGAAAGAGUAAAGGCUUUCAAAGCAUGAACUGCCCCUAGAUAUUUAUUUUGGCAUGACUUUAUUUCAAAUGCACCAAAUGUAUCUAACUGAAGAGUGAGGAGUCUGAAACAGCAGAGUUCAUUGGUUAUACAUUUUAGAAAAAGGACAUAUUUUUCUACAUUUGUUACUUGGAGAAAAAAAUUUAUAUGAACCUUUUUUUGUCUUUGAAAAAAAUGGGAGAUGAUGCAAUUACUAAAAAAAUGAGUGAUCAACUAAACUGCAUGUAGUUCUUCAUUGCAUGAAGCAUGAUGAGUUGAGGACAUUGGCAUUCACUGAAAGAAUAGGGUUGGAAGAAU